AUGGCCGACCCAGGCCCAGCCAUCGCCCAUCUCCGCUCUCACCCAUGGGCCAACUCCCUAAUCUCCUCCACCGACUACACCCCAAUAGAAACCGACUCCCGUCGCCUAAAGCCGACAACCGGUGAAGAUGGCUACUUCGCCCAAACCCUCAGCACAAAAUCCACAAUCCCACACUGUCUAACUCUCCAGCGCCGCAACAUUGAACCCGCCCCAACAGAAUCCCCCGCCUGGCUCCCCGCAACAAAAGCAGAAGCCGCCGCCGCCGCAAAGCCCACUCCCGGCGCAAACCCUGCCGAUGUCAUCAUGAUCUUUGACCUCAGUAGCCCAGGGCUAUCGGGUCAUCCUUCAACCGUGCAUGGCGGGAUUGUCGCGACGCUGAUAGACGAGGCCAUGUCCCUUGCUGUUGCGGCCCAUGCUAAUGCGAGUGAGCGGGAUUCCGAGGGUAAUCCGCGGGGGCGGAUCUUUACUGCACAGUUGGAUGUGCGGUAUAAGAAGCGGGUGGUUACGCCUGCUUUACUGGUUGUUAAGGCGAGGGUUGUUGGGCGGGUUGGAAAGAAGUUCUGGGUGCGGGCGCAGGCGUUGCAGGAGGAUGAGGAGGGUGCGGGUGGUCAUUUGGAGUGGGCGAAGCGAAAACUCGUCAAGGCUGAUGCCAUGGCCUUUUGGAUUGUGGCGUCUGAUUUGAAGUUGUGA